CUACCAAAAGGAAUUUUGAACAAGUAAACCCUAGUUGAUAUCGUGCUAAGCUCUUAAGCGAAGAUACAGGUCAAAAUCGCGGCAAAGCAUCGGUGGCUCGAGUGACCCAAUCCACUCCACCAAACUUCUUUGGGAAUCCCAAAGGUUGCUACUUUACUCCUCAAAUGAUUCGCAAGCUCUGUUCUUCAUUCUCUCGCUCCAUCAUCUUCCCCAACAAACCCAUCUUCAUCCCCCGCUCUUUUCCUCAACCACUCCGUCACUCUUCUGCUCUCUCGUACUCCUCCUUGAAAAUGACCGAUACCCAUAUCCCAGGAAACCCUAAUUCGUCCCCUAUCCAAUCUCCCACCAAACCCGAGUCGCUUCGUUCCCUCGAAUUUCAAUUGGGUUCUUCUUUCACCGCCGAUCCAAUCAUCCCGCCGCCGAAUCAGAUCGUCAUCGUUAUUAGCGGUCCAAGCGGAGUUGGUAAAGACGCAGUGAUCAACAAGCUUCGUGAGGUUCGUGAAGGUCUUCAUUUUGUUGUUACCGCCACUAGUCGUCCGAUGCGACCUGGUGAAGUUGAUGGUAAAGACUAUUUCUUUGUCUCGAGAGAUCAGUUCUUGUCAAUGGUGGAGAACGAAGAGCUUCUUGAAUACGCACUUGUUUAUGGAGAAUACAAAGGGAUUCCAAAGAAGCAGAUUCAGGAAUUUAUGGCCAAAGGGGAAGACAUUGUUCUUAGAGUUGAUAUUCAAGGAGCUCAGACGUUAAGGAGGAUACUUGGUAACUCUGCUGUGUUUAUAUUCCUUGUGGCGGAGAGUGAGCUUGCUAUGGUGGAGAGGUUGAUUGAUCGGAAGACGGAGAGUCAAGAGGAGUUGCUUGUUAGAGUUGCUACGGCGAGAGAAGAGGUUAGGCAUCUAAAGAACUUUGAUUACGUUGUGGUGAAUGCCAAAGGGAGGCUUGAUGAUGCGGUUAACCGCGUGGAAUCGAUUAUCGAUGCUGAGAAAUCUAAAGUUCAUCAAAGGAUUGUCAGGAUUUGAUGUGCAGAGAUGCCAUUGUCUGUAACAACAUAUUGGCUUGCUGUCUCCAGACACGGAUCCAUCGAAGACCGAGACAAUUUUAUUAUCGGUAUGUGCGGCAACCCAUUCCAACCAAAGAUUUAGAUGAAUCCUGGCCCCUGACUACAGAGAACCCUUUUGAUUAAGCAUCGUAUCUUUAUACAUAGCUACAUGGAUUAUGUUAUCAUCAUACAGUAUGUGAUUCAUACUCGCAUUUUGAAUUUUGUUACUUUAUAAAUGUUUAUGGAGCAUUGUUCAUAAUAAUUUAAGUAUCAUCUAACUUUUCAAGAUGGCGGCUGAGUUCCAACAAUCUCGGAACAUGUUUAUUGUAUCCAAUUUCUAAAACCAGUAAGUAAAUUGAUAUGGUGAUAAUGAUGUUGACCCAAAUAUAAGCCUUACUGCCUUAGAGCUUGAC